UAUCUGGCAGCGCAGACACACAGAGACCGAGUUCCAGGCCUUCGGCGCAGCCGCUCUGAGGUACGUGUUGAUUGAUGUUGAAUAUUUGGAUGUUGUGAAGUAUCUACUAGUCCUGAACAAGAGAGGUGGACCACUGUCUGAAACUCUUCUGCUCAGGUUGUAUCUUGCCUUUCACAGCACUGUUUGAUGGAAGGACACGAAGCAAGUCAAAAUCACGAACACAUGACAACUAUCGAGGCUCACGCGGUCACCCAGCAAGUCCAACAGGUGCACGUGGCCACAUACACAGACCAUACGGUCUUGAGCGGAGAGGAUGACUCGCCUUCAUCACCUGAAGAGACUUCCUUUGAUGAUUCUGACAUACUAAAUUCAACCAUCACAGAUGAGGUUACAGCCCAUCUUGCUGCAGCAGGUCCAGUGGGAAUGGCAGCAGCUGCUGCCGUGGCGACGGGCAAGAAGCGGAAGCGCCCCCACGCCUUUGAAUCUAACCCAUCAAUACGCAAAAGGCAACAGACGCGUUUACUACGCAGCCCCAAUCGUGUAGUUAGUAAAUACACUGCCCAGAACCUGGCCGUGCAACGGGAAGAUCCCGGCUUCAAAUCCACGUCUGUAACUGAGAAACUACGAGCCACUUUGGAUGAAUAUACAACCAGAGUUGGGCAGCAGGCAAUUGUGCUCUGUAUCUCACCCUCCAAACCAAAUCCAGUUUUUAAAGUGUUUGGAGCUGCACCUCUUGAGAACGUGGUACGCAAAUACAAAAGUAUGAUCCUGGAAGACCUGGAGUCAGCGCUGGCAGAGCAUGCUCCCACGCCUCAGGAGGUUAAUUCUGACCUUCCACCACUCACUAUUGAUGGAAUCCCAGUCUCUGUAGACAAAAUGACACAGGCACAGCUCCGAGCUUUUAUUCCAGAAAUGCUGAAGUACUCAACAGGACGUGGAAAACCUGGCUGGGGGAAGGAGAGCUGCCGGCCUGUGUGGUGGCCUGACGAUAUUCCUUGGGCCAAUGUUCGCAGUGACGUGCGUUCAGAGGAACAGAAGCAGCGGGUAUCCUGGACGCAGGCACUGAGGACGAUAGUUAAAAACUGUUACAAGCAGCAUGGGAGGGAGGAUUUGUUGUAUGCUUUUGAAGAUCAGCAGACUCAGCCACAGACACACAUUGCCCACCUCGUCCCUUCUCAGACAGUGGUACAGACGAUCAGUAACCCAGAUGGAACAGUCUCUCUUAUACAGGUUGGCACGGGUGCAACAGUUGCGACUCUGGCCGAUGCUUCUGAGCUCCCAGGAACGGUGACUGUUGCUCAGGUGAAUUAUUCCACUGUACAGGAUGGAGAGGUCGAACAGAAUUGGGCCACGCUACAAGGUGGAGAAAUGGCGAUCCAGACGACCCAGGCUUCUGAAGCCACUCAAGCUGUGGCCUCUCUGGCAGAGGCUGCAGUAGCUGCAUCACAAGAGAUGCAGCAAGGAGCCACUGUUACCAUGGCGCUGAACAGUGAGGCUGCUGCUCAUGCUGUUGCCACGCUUGCAGAAGCGACCCUUCAAGGCGGAGGCCAAAUUGUGCUCUCGGGAGAAACUGCUGCUGCUGUAGGUGCGCUGACUGGUGUUCAGGAUGCUAAUGUGGCCUUGUACGUUCCUGUAAAGGUUGCCGCUUCUUCCCAGUUGACCGCUGUCUGCAGCAGCUCCACGGGCAGCAAACAACAGAAAGCCCCUGAGUGCAGCAAACCGGAUCGAGAAAUCAGUGUUGGUCUGGUUCAAAUCCCAGUGAGCAUGUAUCAGACUGUUGUGACCAGCUUGGCCCAAGGAAACAGGCCGGUGCAGGUUGCAAUGGCCCCUGUGACCACUCGAAUGACAGAAAUUCCAUCAUCUGGAGUAACAGUGGAAGGACAAUCGGUGGAGGUGGUGACACUGGAAUAGUGAGGACAUACUAAUGGCAAAACAACAUUACUUCAGAAAUCCAGUUUGGAGUCCUGCAAUCAGGCAUUGUGCAGUAACAAGUGGCCAAGAAAGUAAAAGUAGACCAUACCCCAUGUGGCUUUAGUGUUUGAGAGAGAGAAAAUCAUGGAAGGACCUCUCAUCUCCUAUAUUACCUUCAAAGAGAUUACAAGCUCUUGUAUUUACUGUUUUAUAUUGGGUGGGUGGGUCAGGGGAAGGUAAAAGAAAAUCAAAACUAUUUGUAUACGUUUCUCUGUAUUUAUGCACAAAGUGUUUGUGUCUUUGAAAAUGGCGGAGUGGUCUUGUUUAUUAGUGAACCCAUUUGGGAACUUUCUAAUUUGGUUCCAGAGAUUUGGAUUGACAUGAGUGGGUGGGGCUAGGGGUGGGUUUCUGCAUUUUACAUCACAAUAAAAGUCGGCGCAGAACCAGAAUAACAAUCCUUUUAAAUACUGAUCUCUGGUUGGUAUGCAGAUUUUUACUUUAUUGCUAUUUUAAAUAUUAAAAUUAAUGAAUAAAGUGUUAUAUCUCUAGUCUCCGCUGUGUUCAACUUCACAGCAUAGCAUUGGGUUAAUCACCAGAGUUUUCUCUUACAAUCACUGCCCAGUAGCCCCUGUUCGAAUGUUUGUGUGUGUAUAUACAUAUGUGUGUCUAUUGUAUAUACAGAAUAUGUGUGCUACCAUGCCUAAGUUAAUCAGGUUCUGCUCUGAAGUUUCCCACCCACUCCCACUCCCACAUCCCAUUAUCAUCAUCUUCAGGCUUUGGGCUGAGAGUGGCCAUUUCUGUGAGCUACCCGACAGUUGGAAACACCAAGUAGAGCCUUUGGGAAAAGAGAAGAGUUAAAAGCUGAUAUGAAUUUAAGAGGAUUAUAAAGACCAGCAGAAUCCACACAAUGGGACAAGUCAAGAUCAGCAAUCCAUUGGGAAUUAUUUUAAUAGUUUUAAUUUUACAUAAAUUUUAUUUAAUUCCUGUCAGUUCCUCAGGCAAUGGAUAUAAAGUCCAAGUUUCAACUGGCUCUUUACUGAUGCUGCAGUAAAUAUUGAGCACAAAGGUACCACUUUGUGGGCUUUGGACAUUGACAAGGACUUGGGCUCCAGGCACUGGAGAUAGGGAUAUAUCUGCAGUGUCUGUCUCAAGACUCCAGUCUACUCACUCCUGCUGUUAGAUCAAAUCCAUGUAAUGAGGAAUCUAUAAAUAGUUGUUUGGAAUUGGAUUAAAACCACUAAAUAUAUAAUAAUAGGGAUACAGUUGCAUUUAUAUAGUGCCUUUGACAUAGUAAAAUAUCCCAAAAGAAGGAAAAGUAGACAUGUUGGAAGUUUGUGGAUCUGUGUGGGCAUAAUGCUUACUCUUUGCUUUGGAAAAUGGGGCUAGUUUCUAUGUGAUUCAAUGCGCAGAACAGAAUUGUUCAUUCCUGUAAAGUUUGUCCACAAAUCCGUGUUAAUUCAUAUAAAACAUAUUUUAGAUUUCCAUUGAUGCACAAGAGUCAAACUGCAUGAAUGGUAUAAGCUUAUUCAAGGUUCCAGUAUUGUGGUCUGCACCUUUGUUCCUGGUGUUUUUCUGAAAGACUUUUAGUUGUGGAAUUUUCUUGGUGAGUAGAUAAACUCAAAUAAAUAUAAUUAGAAGUGGAGCUGAUAGUAAAAUUCAGGCUUCUCUUGGUAUUGUUCAUGAGACCUUAUCAAAGGAGGGUCAUUGGAUUAUUUGAGUGAUUAGAGCAAGCAAAAACAAAGAUGCGGAUGAUCUUGUUGCAUGGUGUAGAUGCUGUUGUCCAUACCUGGUGAUGCAUGAGGGGUAUUGCGGCACAGUGAUUAAUUCUUCUUGGUAGUUAUGGAAAAGUGAAGAGAGCUUAAUAAACUUAAACCACUGUGGGGCUGGUUGUUAUUUAAGCUACUUUGAUAUUCCUUGUCAUUGACCUUUCUUGGUCUUGAAAUCAGACCAGAAAGCUGUAUUGCAAUGUUGUCUCUAGGGUUACUUAAUACUUGUUCCCGUAUUCUAUCAGGAACAAAAGUAUUGCACUUAAGCUGAAGUGCCAAUGUACUUUAUGUGCAAUACAUUAUUUCAUCAGCCCAUGUAGCAAAGUUAGUAAUGUGCCACAUAGUGCUUCGCCUUCAUGUUAAGAGCUUCUCUCCGACCCUGAAUUUUGGGUGUAGAACAUGUGGGGGACUUUCACAGUCAUUGUCACAUUUUAUUAAAAUUUUACUUGACAUUUCCUCCUCCUUCAUGACUGUUGUUCAAUCUCUUCUAGCUCGUACACACAACUGAAGCAUGAGUAAGAUAGAAAUCCCAAUUUGUUCAACUUGGAAAAAGUCAGUGAUAACUUGUGAUAAAGCACUAAUGAGGCAUGUCACCACUGGUAGAAUCAAAGAAUUGUUGUAGGAUAAAACUAUACCAUUGGGCAACACACACACACACACACACACAAAAUGCUGGAGGAACUCAGCAAGUCAGGCAACCUCCAUGGAGGAGAAUAAAGGGUUUAGCUCAAAAUAUCGACUGUUCCCCACCACAAACACUGCCUGACCUAGCCAGUUUCUCCAGCAUUUUGUGCGUGCUUCUCAAGAUUUCUAGUAUCUUUUGUGUUUAUAUUGAGUCCAUGUCAAUAUGAGUUAAAUCGUAUAUAGAAAGUUGUUGACUUUGGGUUGUUUUUAGUGGUUGGGAUGAUUAGGAGAAAAAGCUUUGGGAGUAAGUUAGGCUCCACAUAAAAUUUAAUUCUAUACAGUAAGUUGGAAUGGAGUGAAAAUUACUCCGAUAGAUUUUUGGAGAGUGGAGAAGUUUUGGUUUCUAUUUGUUUCUCCAUAUUUGUCCAAUCAGUGAAGUGGACCAAUAAAUACAUGCAGAAGAUGGCCACAAUGGUAUGAUGACACAUUGCAAAGUUGAAUUUUCAUAUAGCUACAAAUACUGUAUAUAUCAUAAAGAAAAGUCUUUUAAUACUGAAAGUGACUGCAGAUCGUAGGAGUACUGUGGUUUGUUCACUACCAUAUUUAUUCCCCUUCAAUAUUCUGAAAAUGUAUUUGAAUGAAGUAAUUUGCAUUUGAUUUUGUUUACUAUGUUGCUUUCCUUUUUGUUUGGGAAUGUGAUUUGCCAACUAAACACCGCCAGCAAUUUUUGGGGGGCUUGGCAAGCUGAUGGUGUGUAAUAAAGAUGUGAAUAAUCCUGGUGAGAUGGAGGUUGCUGGCCUCUGCCUCUUUUAUUGCAGUCACACAAUGUUCUUUGCAGUGGUGCUAUUGGCUAAGAAAUGUACAGCAAAGUAGACACUCAGUCCUUUCUGUGAACUUGUUGAUCUAUUAAGCCAGGGCAGCAUCUCCUUUGGGAAUCAGACUACAAUGCCAAAUUUCAGCAAAUUAAAUCAAAACCUGUAAGUGCAAAGAAUGUGUCCUAUGUCUUUCUUCCCCGUUUCCUGUAUCAUUUAUUCUUCGCUCCUCCUUCCCAAUCCAUUUGUGAAUCUUCCUUCCCAUUUUCUCAUUUUUCCUCUCCAAAUGGUGUCAUCUCCAUUUCAUCAUCUUUCUCCUUACAACUCUAUCUUAUUUUAUACUGUUCUCCUCACCAAGUCUUUUCCUCCGAACAUUGUUUAAACUCUAAAUUUAUGUGGUUAGGAAAUGUGCAGAUUUUAAACUUUGCUCAGUUGUCAUUGAAUUAUUUAAUGGGACUUGGCUUCACUCUGUGCCCUCAGUUAUUCGGUCAACACACUGACCAGGAUAAAGCCAGAUUUUAUUUCCUCAUUAGUAUGAAUUUUGACCUCAAGAUUUUAUAUAUUCCUCUGCCUGGAGUGAUCUCCUCAUUCUUCCUGUAUUAAACUGUCUGUUAAGAUUGGCCUUUCAUGAAUUAAUAUAAGACAUAGGAGCAGAAUUCGGCCCAUCAAGUCUAAUCUGCCAUUCCAUCAUAAGUGAUUUAUUAUCCCUCUCAAACCCCAUUCUCCUGCCUCCUCUCCAUAAACUUUGAUACCCUUACUAAUCAAGAGCCUAUCAACCUCUGCUUUAAAUAUACCCAAUAACUUAACUUUCACAACCGUCUGUUUUGGUCAGAGCCAACACCACUAUCUGGGGUCUUUCCCCUGUGGUUUCUAAUAUUCUGAAUUCCAUACUUCAAUGUUGGUCUGAAGCAUCACCAGUGCAACAGUUGAAAUGUAAGACAAGUGUGAAUGUAAAGAGGAAAGACUUGCAUUUCUAAUUUAAUAGUCUAAUGAAAUUCCACUUCCCUGCAAGCAAUGACCUUGCUCUGUACCUCAUCUGACUGAUGCAUCCAAAAUGUGGGUAAGCAAAUACUGUACAAACACUGCAUCAUAAACUACUUUUGCACCUUCUGCAGUGCUAUAUUCUGCUCAAACGUAUCUCUAAAUAAAAUAGA